AUGUGUGGAGCAGAUGCAUUCGCAGCGACGCUGAUGUACGUUGAUAUGCCCAAGUAUUACACUUGGAAUCAAUCAACAAAGAAUUUCCAACGUCGCAAACAAAGAACCCCAAUUCCAGAUUGUCCACAUGUGUUUUCCACUGAUGCACUCGGUCGCAUAUAUACUGUUCAUCCUAGAAAUGAUGAAUGUUUUUAUUUGCGACUGCUGUUGGUAAAUGUACGUGGACCAAAAUCAUUUGAGCAUUUGAAAACUGUGAAUGGCCACCGAUGCCAAACAUAUCGAGAAGCAUGUCAACUAUUGGGUUUGCUGGAGAACGAUUCUAAUUGGGAUCUAAUACUUGCGGAUUCAGUUGUUUCAUCAAAUGCGUACCAAAUACGUACGCUGUUCGCAAUUAUAAUCACCACAUGUUUUCCUUCACAACUAAUGCAAUUAUGGAACGAAUACAAAGACGGCAUAUGUGAAAAUAUCUUGCAUCGCUUGCGCAUUCAAACUAAUAAUCCUGACAUCCAAAUAACCGAUGAAAUCUACAAUGAAGAAUUAAUUCUGAUUGAGGAUCAAUCUUGA